AUUUUUUUCAUUUCCCGCACAACUGUGCACCAAUCAAUUCCCUUUCUUCCUUGGGACUUGAAUCCUCUCUAGUUGAGAGGAACCAGAUAGGAGAGUAAAAUUAUUAAAAUAUAAAAUACCCCCAAUAUAAACGACCGGCUCCUCUCCUGUUGGCUGUUGAUAUACAACUGGAGAGGAUCCUAAUUCCCUUCCCUGGGACCCGGUUUACCUUCCCUCUUAUCAAAGCAGCGAAGCUGUAACGGGAAGGAGACCAUGCUCUCCCUCUCCAUCCACUCUUCUCUCUCCUCUUUCUCGGCAAAAUCAUUUGUUCUUCAAAGCUCACCUUCUUUCUUUCGGAACCCUAGAGCUCCCUCUAGGGAUUUAAGAACCUUCCUCACAGCCAGUGCCAGUUCUGGUUCCACAAACUCCGAUGAAAGUCACGAAGCCCUUGCCGGCCGCAGAGGCAACUACGGCGGAGUACGAUUGGAAGAGACCGUGUGCAUUAGCUCAGGCAAGCUGAGACUCGAUUCUUGGAUCUCUUCUCGCAUUAGCGGCAUCAGUAGGGCUCGCGUCCAGUCUAGUAUUCGCUCCGGCCUCGUCGCUGUCAAUGGCCGCGUUGUGGAUAAGGUUUCGCACAAUGUUAAAGCUGGGGAUAAGGUAGAUUGCACAAUUUCAGAGUUGCAACCCUUGAGGGCAGAGCCAGAAAACAUACCUUUGAAUAUAGUUUAUGAAGAUGAGCAUGUACUAGUAGUUAAUAAGCCUGCACACAUGGUUGUUCAUCCAGCACCUGGGAAUGCUACUGGCACACUUGUAAAUGGCAUUCUUCAUCAUUGCAGUCUUCCACUUGUUGCAUUUUCAAAUGAGGAAGUUCUUUCAGAUGCUGAGGAUAUUUCUGAUGACGACCAAAGUGGGGCAGCUAUUCGCCCAGGGAUUGUGCACAGAUUGGACAAAGGCACUAGUGGAUUACUUGUUGUGGCAAAGGAUGAACACUCUCAUGCCCAUUUAUCUGAACAAUUCAAGCUACACACCAUUCAAAGAGUAUACAUUAGUGUUACUUCUGGAGUGCCAUCUCCAACUGCUGGACGUGUUGAGGUCCCAAUUGGUCGUGAUUUCAACAAUCGGAUUCGCAUGGCUGCUGUAUCAGGAUCAAAUAACUGUAGACAGGCCCGCCAUGCUGCUAGUAGAUACAAAGUAAUUGAAAUACUUGCUGGUGGUGGUUCUGCAUUGGUUGAGUGGAGAUUAGAAACUGGACGUACUCAUCAGAUCCGUGCGCAUGCAAAGUACUUGGGGAUUCCCCUUUUAGGUGAUGAGGUUUAUGGAGGGACCAAGAGCAUGGCCUUGUCGCUGCUUCGGCCUAGAACCCCACCUGGCCAUCAUGGACAACUUUUGCAACUGGUUUCUGGAUUGGACAGGCCUUGCCUCCAUGCUUUGGCUCUUGGGUUUAAGCAUCCUCAUACAACAGAAAACAUGUAUUUUGCAUGCCCUCCACCUGCUGAUUUUGCUGAGAUCCUGAGCCAGCUUCGUGAAAUUGGCACAGUGAAGCCUUCAUUGAAGGUAUGAUUAUAGCAUGCUGGUAAAGGUAGUGAGGACCUGCUGCCUUCCGCUGAAGACAUGGCUCGAUAAUUAAUAAUGAGGAUCUGUAGUUAUAGAGGUCAACCACCCCUUCCCAAACACACACACAAGAAGGCCUUCUUGAAUGCAUGAUUAUUUUUGGAAUCUUGCUUGAAGAAUGCUUCGUACAUUAUGUUAGACUAUUUAAUUAACUAAGAAUUAUGUAACAAAUAUCAUCCAGAGCCUGUAAUUGUAAUUUAAUAUUGUUAGAUGAUUGUUGUA